AUGUCGACAGUCGCACCAGAGAUCCUUUGGGCUCAGCGCUCUUCCGCCGACGAGGCCGAGAAGAACGUUGUCAUGCUUACCAUCAACGUCCCCAACCUUGCAGCUCCACCAGCGACCAAGUUCGACCUCACCUCUACUGGCUUCACUUUCCACGCCAAGACCGGUGAUGCUUCCAAGAACAUUGCCGACAAGGAAUACUCUUUCUCCCUCGAAUUCUUCGACGAGAUCGACACUGAAGCUUCCAAGACUCACCUCAACUCCAAGUGUCUCUACGCUAUCCUCCGCAAGAAGACUCCAAAGGAGCAGUACUGGCCCCGUCUCACCAAGGACAAGAUUCGUCUGCACAACGUCAAGACUGACUUUGACAAGUGGGUUGACGAGGACGAGCAGAACGAUGCCGAAGAGGACUUGAGCGGUGGUAUGGGUGGUAUGGGUGGUAUGGGCGGCAUGGGCGGUAUGGACCCAGCGAUGAUGGGCAUGGGCGGUGCCGGUGGACUGGAUCUGCAGAGUAUGAUGGCUCAAAUGGGCGGUGGAAUGGGCGGUGGAAUGGGCGGUGGAAUGGGUGGUAUGGGCGGUAUGCCCGACUUUGGUGCUGAGGAUGAUGACGAGGGUGCCGAUGAGGGCGAUGUCGAGGAUGCCCCUACCGCUACUGAGGAGGCCAAGUAA